CACGUCUUUAAAACAACUGGUUUUGUGGAGUACUCGUCCAGUAAUUGGUACAAUCUCUGAGUUGCUGUAUUGUUUGUGAUUUGUAAGUCUCAAGACCUCUAUCCGGGCAUUGACUCAGUGCUGGGAUAGUCAUGGCACUGUUCGUAUCAUUACUUCCUCAUAGCAGUGGACUAUUAUUCAGCCCUAUUUUGACAGCACUUGUGGUUCUUCUGAUUGUUUACUUGGCAGUGAAUUACUAUAAGAGAGCAAGGCUACUGAAGUUAAUUGGCCUGAUCCCCGGCCCUCCAGGACUUCCAUUAGUUGGCAAUGCCAUUGAGGUGAAUGUGGAUCACGAUGAGAUCUUUGAGCGCUUAUCUGGAAUAAGACAAUUAUGGGGUUCCCGUUUGGGAUUUUGCAAAGGAUGGCUUGGUACAAAGCCAUACGUGUUCAUUUCCAAAGCAGAAUGUGUUGAGCCAAUAAUGGGGAGCAUCAAACACAUUGAAAAAAGUCAAGAAUACUAUUAUUUACAUCCCUGGCUUGGCACUGGACUUUUAACAAGUACAGGUUUGAAAUGGCACAAACGCAGGAAGAUUCUGACACCAGCCUUCCAUUUCCGCAUCCUUGAUGAUUUUAUAGAAGUAUUCAGAGAGCAGAGUGACAUUCUUGUGGAAAAACUGGAAAAAGAAGUGGACAAAAAUGCUUUCAAUGUGUUUCCAUACAUUACAUCAUGCACUCUUGAUGUAGUCUGUGAAACGGCAAUGGGAUAUCAAUCAAACUCUCAAAACGACAAGGACUCUGAUUACGUGAAGGCAGUUUAUGAGAUUGGCUCGAUUGUUCAAAACAGACAAGCAAAGAUAUGGCUGCAACCAGAUUUUAUUUUCAAGAUGUCAUCUUACUAUACAAGACAUCAAGAAUGUAUCAAAAUUCUACACGGAUUAUCGAAUAAGAUUAUAGCAGAAAGGAAAGAAGAGGUACGCCAAGAGAAGGAAAAUGGUCACAAGGAUAAUGCGAAGGAUGAAUUUUCUAUUCUAGGUAGCAAGAAGAGGUUGGCAUUCCUUGAUCUGUUAAUUGAGGCCUCCAAGGAAGGAACGGUGUUGUCGGAUGAAGACAUUCGUGAAGAAGUGGAUACUUUCAUGUUUGAGGGUCAUGAUACAACAUCAGCAGGUCUUUGUUGGCUGUUACUACUUCUGGGAAGCAAUCAAGAAGUUCAGGAUCGCGUCGUUGCCGAGCUUGAUUCAAUCUUUGAAGGAUCUGAUAGACCUUUCACGAUGAAAGAUUUGAAUGAUAUGAAGUAUCUCGAAUGCUGUAUAAAAGAAGCACUUAGACUUUAUCCUAGUGUUCCAAUGCUGGCCAGAAAAUUGGAAGAGGAUGUCACGCUUGGAGACUUUUUGGUGCCUUCAGGAACAACAGCAAUGAUAAUUAUCUACGCACUACACAGGGAUCCAAAUGUUUUUAAAAAUCCUGAAGUCUACAAUCCUGAUAAUUUUCUACCUGAAAAUAUCCAGGGUCGACAUCCUUAUUCUUAUAUUCCAUUUAGUGCUGGACCACGGAACUGUAUAGGUCAGAAGUUCGCCCUACUAGAAGAGAAAUCAAUCGCUUCAAGUAUCCUCCGGAAAUAUCGUGUAGAGGCGAUAGACAGGAGAGAGGAUCUCACACUCUUGGGAGAACUGAUUCUGAGGCCAAAGGACGGGAUCCGAGUAAAACUGCAAAGGAGAUAAUGCUCUCUAAAGAAAUUAAUCUAGAACGAUCUCUUGUAAUCUAUGUGAAUAGUUUUGUAAAUAAUAAUUGUUUAGUUGAUACAAAUGUAAUCAUAUCAUCUUUUUUGUUUGUUUAAGUUUAUUGAUAUAGAAAGAAAUCGUAUUAUCAAUAGGCAUACUAAAUGUUAAUUUACCGAGUUACAUGAUCUACUGACAUAGAAGAUUCAUUAAGUAUUGUUAUUACUGUUCAAUAUUUCUACGUUUCCAAGUGAAUCAUGAUUUUGAAGACUGGUAAUUGUUCUGGUGUUAAUCGAACUCACUGGUAAAUGAAUCUCCAAUGUCCCUGAGCCUGUGCGAGAUGAGUUGAUUUGAGAUGUGCUCGCCACUUUUAGGGGUUCUUUGCAACGCAUCCUCAAACCUAUCACCGUUGUCACUUCAUCCUCGACUUCAACUAGAACAAAAUUAAACGUAUUGUUUUCUUCAUAA